GCCAAACCUCAGCAGUCGGCAACAUGAAGGGCAAGAUCGCACUGGUUACUGGAGGAGCGGCUGGGAUCGGCAGGGCCAUCACUGAGAGGUUAGCCAAGAGGGGAGCCAAGAUUGCUAUCUGUGAUAUAGACGCUAGGAAAGGUGAAGAAUUCGCAUCUGAACUUAAUUCCAAGCACGGCAAAGAUUCCGCCAUUUUCGCUAGAUGCGAUGUUACAGACAGGAAGUCUUUCAAAGAAUGCUUCGAUAAGACCAAAUCGAGCCUAGGAAAUCCCAAUUUGCUCGUCAACAACGCUGGAAUCUGGGACGACAGCCCAUCUGGAUGGGAGAGGCAAGUCAACAUUAACUUCAAAGGCCCGAUAAUCGGCUCCCUCCUGGCUCUGGAGUACAUGGGCAAGAAGAACGGCGGUGCCGGAGGGGCUGUGCUCAACACCUCUUCAGUCCUCGGCUUGUUGGCGUCUCCCAUCAUGCCUAUAUACUCCGGGACUAAAGCCGGUGUACUCCUCUUCACCAGGUGCUUUGGGACGGAAUUCCAUUACAAGCUAAAUGGAGUGAGGUUCGUCGCAGUGUGCCCUCACGCUACUGGAGGCUCGGCCCUCUUCGACAACUUGGACAAGUGCUUUUCCAUUCCAGGACCUGAGAUGGUGGAGCUCUACAAGAGCGGUGUCUCCUCCGGGGACUAUCAAACGAUCGAUGCCGUUGCCGACGCUGCUGUACAAGUCCUCGAGAAAGGUAGGAACGGAUCCGUCUGGACGGUUGGCCAAAAUAAGCCUCCAGAGGAGUUCGAGUUCAAAGAUGCACAGCUUGUACUGUCAGGUUCUACCAAUAUUUGAGCUGCCAACCUAAUUGGUGAUGAAGCCGAAGAUAAUACAAAUCAAAACUUAUAUUUGAUACAAUAAUGUUUUUAUGCAAUAACAAUGACUUUUUUUUAUAUCUAUAACACUCAUUGUAAUAAAAUCAACUAAAGCCA